UGAGUAGGAGAUAAUUUUCAGAUUGUUUGCAUUGUUGUUACGAGCUGGAAUGUUGUGAGGCGAUUGUUUCGAAAUGUUUUCAAACAGUGGUUUUUGAAGGUUUUAAUGCAAACAAAUUCAGUGGAAUUCACAGUGAGCUAACACGGUAUAUUGAUCGAAGUGUUGCACAGAAGUGAAGCAUUCUUAUUCAGAUUGCACACUCUUCGCUGGACAAAGUCCAAACAUGAAGCACUGCAUUUCGAACUGGUUAGCCUCAAUCACAGUGCUCUGCUGUAUCGUCAUCGCACGUCCCUCCCUGCAGGUCCUGGGUGAACUUCAGCAGCAAGCAUUUCGCAUCACUCCGAACGAUAUAGAGGCCCACCUUGGCGAUGAAGUCGUGUUGCGAUGCGAAAUCGAACGGCUAGCCGGUCGAGUCCAAUGGACUAAGGAUGGCUUUGCGCUUGGAUUCAGUAACGAAAUUUUGGGCUACCCACGGUUUUCUCUGAAUCAAAACCAUAGUACCGGAGUGUUCAACCUGCGGAUCACCAACGCAUCGGUGGAGGAUGCCGCCAGUUACCAGUGCCAGGUGGGACCAGCCAAACACAACCAACCGAUCCGAGCCGGAGCCAAGCUGACCGUUUUAGGAUCAACUAAAGGUCAUCAUGGUAUAUACCAUUGGAAUUGAACGAUAGAGGUUUAUUUUUUAGAAUCUGCCAAGAAGAGCGAUCACAAUCGCUUCGAAUAAUAUUAUAGGUACAUCCGCUAGAUAUGAUUCAUUUGUAGGCAUUGUGAUGGGAUAAACAUAUCAACAUAUUGAAAUAAAGUCCAAUUCGAAUAAUAACAAUGUUGAGUACUCUCAGUACUUAAUCUAAUAAAUAUUAGAUUUCAUGCACUUAAGUCUGAAAUUAUUUUUUUUCAAAUAAUUAUUGUAAAAUCCAAAAAUGAAAGAAAGUGAGCUGGUGGAAACAUGCAGCUGUAUAAAUACCUUAAUCAACAAUAGUAUCAAAUCCCGAGAGGUGAGUAACAAACCAAGAACAAAAUACGAAGGUAAAUUGUCAUCAUGUAACAAUGGUUCCCCGUUGAUCCAGGAUCUUUUCGUUAAGGAAAUUUCCUAGACUUUCUUGGGCAUUGAGUAUCUUCGUGUCUGCCACAUGAUUACCAUCGGUAGAGGAAGCCCUCAGUGAAUAACGGUGGAAAUGUUACAGGAUGAGAAUAUUAAACUGAGAAGCAGGCUUUGUCUUAGUGGAGACGUUACGCCAAGAAGAAGAAGAAGAAGAAGAAAAAGAAGAAGAAGAAGAAGAAGAAAAGGAGGAAGAAGAAGAAGAAGAAGAAGAAGAAGAAGAAGAAGAAGAAGAAGAAGAAUAAGAAGAAGAAGAAGAAGAAGAAGAGCUUAGAACAGUGGGGCAGCACGGACGUCAACCACGAAUAGAUGUGCCGUAGUCCACAUGAAUUUGACGUGUUUGGGAAAUUGACACUUUUGGGCACUCUGCCAGAUCUGGGAUGUGCACGACAUUUGCGAAUUAGUCAUUACCAGUCAUUAACAACAUUUCACUAACAGAUCAAUUCCACCCCGAAAGUAAAAUUUUUGAUAUUUUAUUUUAAAUGAUAUUUUUUAUAAUAAAAAGAUUUGCAGUAGAAUUUUCAACCUUUUCGACAGAUGAAAACCAUGAUCGUACUUGACUUAAAGCAUUGAGUUUAACCAAAUCGAUAAGUAUUCAAUAAUUAUUCGUCAAAAACUGCGAAAAGUGAUCAAUUUCACCCGAAAUCACGGUAUCUAUCGAUUGGGUUUGUUGAAUAGAACUUAAACCUAAAUAUCCGACAUUAUUUUGAAAACCAUGAUGGCGGCCACUGAAUGGUAGUUUAAGCUAUGAUAUUUUGCAAUAUGGGUAUCUAUUGAUAGAGCUUGAUGAGAAAAACUCAAAAGUAAAUAUCCAAAGCCAUUUUGAAAACAAAGAUGGUGGAUCAAAAUCCAAGAUGGUGAUAACAGAAUGGUGGUUUGAGCUAUGAUGCCAUGCAAUAUCGAACGGAUUUGAUGAGUAGAAGUUAGAUUAUUGUAAAGCGUAUGGUGAUUGGUUUAGAGGAUACGGUAGAAGGUAGGAUGGAUGAUAGGGUAGAGAGUAGGGCAGAAGGCAGGGUUGACGGUUAGGAUAGAGCGUAGGAUAGAGGUUUGGGAUAGAGGGCAGAGAAGUCGGUUAGGUGAACGGUAAAAUGGCCAGGAAUAGAUAAGAUGAGACUUUCUCGAGAUGCCUUCAGGAAUUCUUUCCGAGAUUUCUUCAGGCAUUGCUCUUGAGAAUCUUCCCAGAAAUCCUCCCGGGAUUCCUUCCAUCCGGAAUUGCUGUGGAGAUUGCUCCUAAGAUCUCUUCAGGGACUUCUGCAGGGAUUGUUUUAGAAAAUCCUUACAUAAUUCUUUGAGUUAUUCUAUUCCUUCAGGGAUUGAACUCCUUCGUAGAUUUUUUUCCGGAAUUUCUGCUGUUAUUCCAUUAGGGAUUCCUCCCGAAAAGGAAUAUUAGAGAAUAUAAAUUUCUGCCGAGAUUUUUUCAGGCAACCUUAAAUUUUUUAGUUAUUCGUGCAGGAAUGUCUGAUAGGAUUCCAUCAAAAUUUCUUCCCGAGUUUUUUUUAGGGAUUUUUUAAUAAUUCUUCUAUGGUUCUUUCAGGGAUUCCUGCUGCGCUUCCAUCUGAGAUUCCUGCCAUGAUUCCUCUAAGCAGCGUUUCUCAAACUAUGGGUCGCGACCCACUGAUGUGUCGCGGGUUGAUUUUUAGUGGGUCGCGAAGGCUUGGGCGUAUUGCAAUAAAUGUCUUAAUUUACGAAUGUCAAAUAAUAUUGCCAGCCAUUUUCCAAUAUAAAAAUACCUCCUGGAGAAUUGUCAGAGUUUCUAGGAAUUCGGUUAUAGGCAUUUGUCUGAAAUAAUUGGAUAAUUGGAUUCUCUGCAUUCUGAAAUAGUUUCUGAAACUAUGAGAUUUCAAUAAAAAAAACUUAAGAUCAGGGCAAAGAUCAGGGUUACAUUUUAGAUUUUAUUUAAAUUUUUAUUCAUGCAUAUUUUAGAUUAUAACUUGUGUUCUGGAAAAAAUACGUUCAAGUUUUUUUUUUGCUUUCGGAUGUGUUAUCAGUUAGAUUUACACUCCGACUUUUCGAACCAUCUAAGCAGAAUAAACUUUUCGAAUGAGUGCAGAUUCACAUGCCAAGCUCAGCAGUUAAAAUAUUAAAAAAAAAAAAAAACAGAAAGACCUACCACAAUUCAGAAAAACGAAAAGAAUACCAUAUUUCGACAAGAUACCUUAUUUAACCGACCUUCAGUAAAGCUUAACUUCAAAAAAAAAAUCUGCUAGAUGCCAAUAAUCUAAACUUUUACGGAAAUCAAAAGUGAAACUGAAAAGUGAUUUGAACUUAAAUAGAAAAAAAAGAGUGUGUAUGAAGGAUGAAAAUAGAAAUUUCAAGGAGAUCCAGCAACACAAUAGUUCUAAAAACUUUGAAAUUGUGCAGAAGCAUAAAAUUGCCACUCUAUCUUCAAAGACUUUAUAAAAAUUUUAGUUUUUUUUUGUUUAUUUCUAGAAUGUGUGAGAGAAUACCUAAGACCUGUAGUGUUUCAUUGAAGCCAUUAUAAACUUGGAAAUUUAUCUCAAAUUCUAUAGACCCCUAAGAGUUUACUAAAGCUGCUCACUUGGGCACCUUAGUCUUACUCAGACUUCAAAAGACCGAAAUAAAC